UGCUUGGCAAGAGCCCACCGAGGGGAGCGGGCGGGCAGGCGGGCGAACCCGCAGCCGGGAGCCAGAAGGCCGGAGCCAGGAGGCAGCUGCGGCGAGCGCGCCAGGGCCGCGGCGGGGCGAGGGGCGCGCGGGGCGUUGGCACUGGGGCGCGCGCCUGCGUCGGCGGCUUGGAUGCGGCGGAGACGCUUCUGCACCCCGCGCGCUCGACGCGAGCCAUUCAACAGCUGGCCUCGCGGGCCACAGUUGCAGCGAGCCGGUUGGAGCGUUAACGGUUGCGACUGCGGCUGCUGGAAAGAGGCGGCGGCGGCGGCGGCGGCGGCGGCGGCGGUGCUAGUCCAGCUGUCCCGGCGGAGACCCGAGUGGAGACUCAGAGGCUCCUUAGGCUCCCGACUCAGUUCUUUGAAGUUGACUCGUCACUGUAGCCCCCCGACUGUCAUAAACGGAGUGGUUGCUUGUGUUCCCUGGUCAGGAUGCCAUGAGACAGCGCUCCGGCAUGAAGAGUUCACAUGAAUUGUGGCUUCUCAUGUCUUUCGUCCCUUGAUCACAUUUCUGCCAUAAGCUUUCCUGCAGAUACCAUGACGGUCACGGUGGUGUAUGAUAAUUCUGAGGCAACAGAGCUCUGUGCAGCUCAGCACCUCUACCUCAAGCCCAUAGCAAAAUUGAUGAUCAACGUCUUACUCCCAGAGAGUACGGAACCUCUGAGGCCCUUCUCUAACUGGGAAGUUCUUGACCAGCUGAAGAGCCUGAUUUGCCCUGACCAGUUCACCACAGUUCGGCUCUCCAAGAGCACAAAGGACUUCAUCCUAUUCGAGGGUGAGGCUGAAACACGAAGUUUGGUUCAGAUCCUGAAGGCAAAGUUACAUGGGAAGAUCAUCAAGCUAAACGGUUUGAAAACAGACUUAAAAGUAGUGGCUACAGAUGCCCAGGGAGAGUGGGAACACUUCCCCAAGGAAAAGGAGGCCCCAUCGAGUGACGGGGCUGAGGAUCAGGACCAUGAUAAGAGCCCAGAUUCCAUAUAUUUCGAAGGCCUGCCCUGCAAGUGGUUUGCACCUAAAGGUUCCAGCGGAGAGAAGCCGUGUGAAGAGAUCCUUCGGGUAGUCUUUGAAAGUUUUGGGAAGAUCAAGAAUGUGGAUAUCCCUAUGCUUGACCCCUACAGAGAAGUGAUGACUGGUGGGAGCUUUGGGGGAUUUAGCUUCGGCUUGCAGACAUUCGAGGCCUUUAUCCAGUACCAAGAGUCCACUGACUUCAUAAAAGCCAUGGAGUCCCUUCGAGGAAUGAAGCUGAUGCUUAAAGGAGAUGAUGGGAAGGCUCUGGCAUGUAACAUUAAGGUUAUGUUUGACACAACCAAACACUUCAGUGAAGGAGCUAUAAGAAGGAGAAAUCAAGAAAGGCUAAAAUUACAAGAGCUAGAGGAAGAAAGGAAAAAAGAAAAGAAGAGAGAAGAGGAAGAGGCUGAAAGAAAAAGAAAAGAGGAGGAGAGGAAAGCCCAGGAAAAGAGGAAGAAGGCCAGGGUCAGGAGGCGAGCCCUGAAGGAAAGGGACAGACACCGGCAGAGGAAACAGAAGGACAGAGGCAAAGCUGAGGCGCCUCAGGAGCCUGACUCUUCCGAGGAGUGGGAGGCAAGGAAGUACCUGCUGGCUCAGAGGCGAGCGGAGGCCCUUCGGUUGCUGCGGGUACUCCUGAGGAAAAUUGCAGGAUCCACACAGUUUAAUCCACAAGAGGAAAACAUUGCAGGUUCCGAAGCUAAUCACAUGCUGGGGAACACAAUGAAAACUCUGAAGAAAGAAGGGUCAAAUGCUCGGUAUCUUCAAAAUCAGGAGGAAAUGCCAAAAUAUCAGGUUGCCAAGUCAGGCAGUAAACGAAAACAAAAAAUGAAGAAAAGAGCUAGGGCUCGCUUACGUAAAUCUUCCUACUACCUUGGGGAAAGAAAAAUAAGAUGUUCGGCUAGAAAAGCGAGAACCAGAAAAUUAUUAACCUUUGAAUACAAUCAUGGUUUUGUCUCUGACGAGGAUACCUUGCAGAUUACAUUGAUACGAGAUCAGUCUCUGGAGAAAGAAGACCACCACAGUUUUGAUAAAUCCUGUUCUUCCAGAUUAUCUGAGAGAGAACAUGGCAGGAAACAGAAAAUCUAUGAAACAGAUGAAUUUACUGACUAUCUACUAAACUAUUAUCAAUCUCCAAAAUAUGUCCGUAUCUGCUUAGAACCAAGUGACAUAACAAGCACAUGUCAGUGGCAGAGGGCUGUCUAUGCUAAGGGAAAUGGAUUUCAAAUCAAUUUGAGAAAACUUCAGUAUCACUCAACCAGUUGGAGCCAAAUGCAAAACCUGCAAAGGAGAGAACAGGUUCGAGAAGACGAUUACCAGACAAAGAUUUGUACUCAGGAUACUGAGCACAAACCACAAAAGAGAGGAAAAUUAGACUAUGCCAAAGAAUGUACUAAGGAACUUAAAAAUCGUUGCAAGGACACAGCCAAUGAAGCUGGUGAUCAGCUGCUCCCAACCGAUGGAAAAAGCCAUCUGUUGGAAAAGACCCAUGCUUACCAGGUCAAAGAUUCCAAAUCCACAAGUCAAAGCCAAGGUUCUUCACCCAAGAAGUCAGCAGACUUAUAUUUGGAGUUGACAGAUUUCUUAGAGGAUAUUAGUAGUGAUUCUGAAUGCUUCAGUGAAAUCUCCAGUGUAAACAAAGGGGAGAAACAGAAAUCUAUGGCCACAUAUGAUAGCUCCCCAGAAAAAGGAUCUCUUGAUGCUAAUGAAACCAUCAUUUGCAAUCAAGAAGAUAGGUCAUGUCAACAAACCUUGUAUUCAAAGCGGAAACGUGAUGGAGAAGAAAAAUACUCUAAAUACAAGCUUCAAAAACCAGGCCAAAGGUCCAAGAAUGAACUGAGAUAUUCAUGGCUUGAGGGUGAGAACAAUUCCAUUAGAGACUGUAGGAGCAACAACAAAAAGAGGGCAAUGCUAGCCCCCAAAUACUUAUUUGAUGAAGGCUACUACCGCCAAUCCAGUUCCAGUGGUUUAUUAGAUGACAUCACAAGAAAGAGGAGGAGAUUUAAUGAUAGUGCAUUUGACCAGAAAGUGAACUAUAGGCCCUCUUAUGUGCCAAUAAUGCCGUCAAGAGAUGCUAAUACUUUCUAUUUUGGAAGUUUUCCUAAAAGAAGAGAGACUUGGUGGAAGUCAGGAUAUAACCAGGUGGCAAAAAGGUUUACAAGACGUGAGAGUUCUCAAAAUUUCAUGCUGAAUUCUGAUACUUAUUAUAUUAGACAUUACAGUCAGGAGCAUGUUGACUAUGGAAGUUAUUUAAGAAACAGCUACACUAGUUCUGUAUAUUUUCAAAUGUUCUGAUGGUCUCUUGAGAGGUCAGGAACACCCUUAUUCACAAUAAGCAAUUUGCAAGAAGAAAAUUUAAAACCAAAUAUAGCUAUUAGUUAAUAACUACAGAGAAAGAGAGUGACAUUUAAAAGCUUGAGCAAGGUCAAAUACAAAACCUUGUUUCUCUUGCCAAAGUAUAAAGCCUAGAGAAAAAUGACUACAGGUGUCUUAGCGAGCUUUGGAAAUACAAAACAUACAGAUUCUGAAGCUUCGUACAACAAUGUGCUUGCAAAACUUCUUUAUCCAAGGACAGACGUUUCUAUAGGUUUCUACAGUUCAAUUGCAACUUUCAUUUGGUGCCAGCAAAGGAGCAAAUUAAGAGGCGUUGAGAUAGCCUUCUAUGGCUCUUUACCUGUCAUAAUGUUGUUUAGUACCAUUUAUCUUCAAAGGGGACAACAGUGAACAAAUAAGGAUCUUUUCACGUGUUCUUUGAUUUGAUCAGAAACACCAUGUGCAGCAACAAACUUUCCCGGCUUUUCCCUAGAAAUAAUUAUAAAUAAAAGAAGAGAGAUAACAGAACAUAUAAUAGACUUCUUCAUGACAUUAGAGGAUUUCAUGAGCACCCACCAGAAGGAAAUUAAUCUUAUUAAUAUGGUCAUAGUACUCAAAGAGUUGUCCUUUGAGAAACAAAGUCUUGGAAGAAUCUAAAAGGGACUGAGACUGUCCUUUGAGGCUUAAACAGAUAGUGAACCACUAGCAGAGUUGCUUUUUGAAGAACCCCAUGUCAUUCCAUCCUAGAAAAGCAACAGGAUUGAAGUGAUGUGACCAGUGGGAUUUGCAAAAGGAAAUAUUGAAAGUUCCUGGGGCACCAAUAAUGGCACUUGGGAAGAGAGGACACGACAGUAUUCCAUUUCAGGUUAUGUAAUCCUUUCACUCAGGGUUGGGUGACAUCACUUUGUAAAAAGCCACUGAAUAUCUCCAAACUGACUUUGAUAAAACAGUAACAAGUGCCUCCUCAAUCCUCAAUAAUGCCAUGGAGUUAGGAAGAGUCAAGGGCAAAGCCCAUAGUUUUCUAUCUGGGAACAAAUUAUAUGUGUGCAGGAUUUGUAAACUCUUAACAUAAGCAACUUAUCUUUUUACCUACUGGUUUUGGACUUCUUGAAUAUGUUUUUAAAUUGAGAUAUUUUAUAGGUUUGUAAAGACUUACAUCUUAAUGCAGUGCAUGUUCUGUUGAAAGCUCGGUUGAUUCAUUCUGCCUUAUAUUGGAUUUAGGACCUCAGGGGCAGUAGAUGACUUUUUUUUUUUCCAAACAAAGCUAUACCUGACUUGGCAAUUGAAGACUUCAAUGAGAUUAGACUGCCUACAGCAAGAAAAGGUGAUUUUAAUCCUCAGAAGUUGUGGAAGACAACAUUUUCAUACGCCAUGAUUCAUUUCACACAGUCUUAACUUGAUAUUCUGUAGAAAAGUGCCAGCGGGUAGAGCCAAGGUGGGAUGCCAGUCACUGUGGUUGCCCAGCAUGACGAGGCACGAUGUGUACCCAUAACCAGCCUCUUGAGCAGCCUGAUAUCUGAUCUUCUAAUCUAUCUAAAGUAAGCGCCACAGUGGUUUCAUUGAUCCUUCUAAUCACCUUUAAUAGAAGUAUGCUGGUACAUACAAAAGUUCAGAAAUGAAUGUCACAUAGCAGCUUAUGGUUAUUAUUAAUAAGAUAAUAACCAAUGAACAAUUUGUUGACUCUCUUGUAUUCAAUUCUGCUUUCAAGCCAGUGACUCUGCCAUCAAAACUAGAUUUGGCCUGUCAAAUUUGAAAAACCGCUCAUAAGGCGAGUGCCUUUUCUCCUCUGAGGACUAGCAAUGACCAUUAACGUUCAAAGCACUGUUGUCCAGGGUAGCCUUUUAAACUACUAACAGCUUGUAUUUUGUCACACAGCUUUUGGUAACUAGGUAUUAUUCUCCUCCAAUGAGACCCUGCCUCCUUAUUUUUUUCAUGUUUCAUGCCACUGAAGCAAAGAACAUUAUGGGUUUGUAAUGGAAAGCAGAUAUGCUUGUUUUGAAAAAAAGAAAAACCUCUCAAUUUCUUCUGUCAUUUGAUAAUUUUUCUUUGUGGAGAUUUUAGGCAUGAAAACAAUUUGCUGCUCAGUAACCAGACAUAAAAAACAAAUUGCAGAAUACAGCAUGUGCAAUUUUUUUUUGUAUAAUAAAACUGGUGCUAAGUCACUUCUAUAUAAUAUCUUUUUUUUAUGUAAUACCACCCCGGGACCUAGAAGAAAGUAAAAAUACUGGUUUUAUGUUUACUUUCUGUACAACCUUGGAUUUUUAUGACUUGUGGUAAUGCAUUCUACAUUUGAGUAAACCUCUUUUUUUGUGUAAACCUUCGAUGAGGAAGAGAACAAUUUAUCCUGUACUUUUCAAUUGAAUGGCUUAGUAAGGAAUGCAAAGAACCGAAAACAUUGUAGUCACUUUCUAUGAAUUAGUGUUGUUUUUCUUUGUUGUGCUGUUAUUUAAGUGGUACAAAAGUAUUUUCUCAUAGCUCUUUUUCUAUGUCCUAUUAAGUAAAGGCCUGAACUUUAGACUUUGUCUUUUUAAAUAGAUGUUUUCAUGUUUUUCCUUGUAUGUGCUGAUAGUGCUUUUAGCAAGCUGAAAAUCUGUCAAUGUCAAAACAAUUCAAUUUGUUUGAAUUUCUCAGGUAGAAAGCCAUGUAACCUGGUAAUUUUGAAAAUAAGAACCAAAUAAAUGUAUUUUUAUUUGUUGCAAGACUGUUUAAAAAUGUUAACUUUUAAAUAAAUGCUGAUAAUUCCACUUUGCGGCGGCGGGGGCGGGGGGGGGGAGUUUCUACCUGUAGUAUGCUGCUUUGCACUACUGUUUCUGAUCCUUUUUCUCAUUUGCAUUGUUAGAGAAAUAAUACAUAUUUAAUUUUCAGAUAUAGUAAAAAUAAAAUUGUUAUAGUGAAUAGAGUCUUUGUUCAUUUGCCACAUGUAUUGGCUAGAAUGUCGCGCAUCUAUGAUAACGUUUUCUAGAAAAAUAUACAUGUCUAGUUUCAAUGCUGUUUCUAUGCAACUUUUCCCUUUAUGAUGCUCGCUUAUAGGAAUUGGCCCUGUCAGAGCUCAUGAAACCAGUUUUAUUUUCAUUUGGAUAAAUUGAAAUCAUGGCAUUUGGACUUAAGACUGUCCUCCCUUCAGCAAAGGUUUUAUCAGUGCUCUUAAAAGGUAGCAAAAUGGACUCCCUGGAAUUUUAUCUCAUUCCUUCAGCACUCAGUGGAAGUGGUAAAGUUAUACAGUAUCCAAAACCAAGUGUGGGUGUGGGCUGGGGAGUCUAGUCAGAGAAGCUAGGGCCCUCAGUUAUCAGUCCUUGCCCAUCACACACGUGAAAUGUACAACAAGCUGCCUCUAAGUAUUAUCUAACAAAGGCAGACUGGACCUUAGAGGACAAUCUGGGCCCUUUAGAGCUGAAAGGGUCCUUGUUGGAUUCAAAGAGCUCUUUCUGAAACAGCAAGGGUUGUAUGGAUGCUUGUUCUGGAUCUAGGAUUGGCUUAAGUUUGGCCCUCUGAGGUAAGGUGAAUAUGACAUUAUGCAGAGAAGCCACAGAUAUGGAGAGGUACUGAAAACAGUAGCCAAUGCUGCUUGUGACCCAUAGAUGCUGGUACUGAGAACAAAGUGUCUCUGCGGGUGCGCUGGAUGAAAGCAGGUGGGGAGCAGAUGUUCACCUGACAUCUCCCCCACGGGCACGGUGGUUGUAACAACCACUCUCUGGUCUUCUUGAACGGCGCCUUUUACAUAAUGUCGCUUACAAACAUGUUAGCUGCAUUUGUUUUUAGAUCAAAGUCCUGCCUUAUAGUAAUAUCUCUUUACAGUAAUCAACACAAUGUUGGUUUAGUUCUGAAUGGAGAGGAAUCAGGCCAUUUGGGAUUGAAACUUUAACCAGGCUCUGGAUGUUUUCCUCUUGGCAUCAGACAAACCUGUUUAACUUUGUAAAAGUAGCCUAAUCUUCACAUCUAAAUGAGAUUUCAGGCUGCAAAGGUGGCCCAACUCUCUCCCCUGCCUUCACCAGAGCAUACAGUAUACCAGGGUGCUUGGCACACAAUAGGCCACUCAAAUUAUUUGUUGAAUCAAACCUAGUGGGAGAAAAGGGCACAUUUACAAAUGGCAAAAACAGCCAAUAUGGUUUGAUAACAUCAAACAUGGAAAGCUGUGAGCCGUCUUUGAUUCAGGGAGUACAUCCCUUGUGAGAAAACCCUGCCAAUUUUAACAUUAAAAUGGCAAAACACUGAUAUUCAGAGUAAUAGGUUGGCUGUGUUUAUACAACUGACUGCAUAUGCAAAUCUGAUAUCCUUCUUUUGACAUGAGGUGAAUUCACUUUGCUACUAUAAGGAUUGCUGAACACUUUCCUGACCAGAUGAUCUACCGAAACACUAACAACAAAACCUUGCCUUGGCACUUGGUUAACAACGCCUUCAGUAAAGUUACCCCUCAGUAACCUUGCUAUAGACCUCAAGGUGGAGGGCUGCCUCUGAGAGUUUAGAAAGUUCUGCCUUAAAGAGGCAGAAUUUGACAAGUCACAAAAAGUCAAUUCAAUUCACUAUUUCUUAACAGGACAAGCUGGUAUUUGGUUUGCGGUGUGAGGCCUCUAUGAAGUUUUGCCCCUUGUUUCUUUUGGAAUACAGAAAAUACCUCAAAAGUCAGAGUAUUAAAGUCAACAUCGCUCUGAGUAUUAAGCUAAUGUAAAAUGAUUAAUCUGGUUCCUUAGAAUAAGGUUAAAAUAAAAAUAAAACAACCCACCACACUAUACUGGGUAAAACCAUUUUAUUAACUGACCAAAGCACUUCAUUUUGUUUUCUGAUUUGAGGUAAAACCAUUAAACACAGUUCACAAGAAAAUACAAUGACUAUUCAGCUACAGUUACAAGAAUCUGAAACCUCACUAGUUGUUCAUAUAAUACUUUUACAAAUUCAUACAACUGUAGAGUCUACUUAAGCUAAGUUUACUGUUAACCAAAAGACCAAUAUCAAAGAC